AUGGACCAGCACGAAGCAUCAGUUAUUCAGGAGCUAUCGAAGCUCAUCCCAACCCUUCCAGUAUAUACAAAAUCAAACCCAGAAUUCGAGCAUUACCGUGUGUCCUACAAUCGUGCCCUCACGGACCAGCCCCUAGCCAUCGUCCGCCCCCAGACAGAGGAAGAAGUCUCGCAAGUUGUCCAACUAUGCUCAGCCAAACGUACCCCCCUCACCAUUCGCUCCGGGGGUCAUGAUUUCUUCGGUCGCUCAGUAGUCGCCGACGGGAUCGUUAUCGACAUGCGAGCUAUGGAUUCCAUCACCAUCUCCCCAGAUAGAACCAGUGCACACGUAGGCGGCGGCGUCAUUGCAGGAGCACUGCAACAAUUUCUAUCCGCUCACCAACUCUUCACACCAACGGGCCAAUCGAAGACUGUCGGGUACGUGUCCUGGGCCUGUGGCGGCGGAUAUGGAUUCUACGUCGGGACAUAUGGAUUCGGCGUGGACCAGAUCGUUGGUGCAAGAAUGGUCGUAACGGGUGGGGAGAUCAUCGACACCGACGAUGACCAAGAGCUACUCUGGGCUCUACGGGGAGCAGGGGCGGGCAAUUUCGGUGUCAUAGUUGAGCUGAGGGUGAAAGUGUAUCCAGCACCGACGCUGUAUGCAGGCUAUUUAGCGUUUCCGCUUUCCGAUGUGGUUUCGGUCUUUGAAGAUUUUGAGAGAAUUGCUGCGGGGGGGCUUCCUGAUGAGUUCAGUGGGGAUGGCAUUGUUGCGCAUCCGGAUAUGUUGCAGGGGAUUGUUUCUGAGCCUUCUUUUACAUUCUUCUGGUGUUGGACUGCAGUAGAUGGAGAUUUAGAGCCGGCUAAAAUCUUUCUUCGGAAAAUGAUAGGUCUGGGUCGAGUUCUAGCGAAUACUGUCGAAGAGACCACUGCAGCAGCCUAUGGUGUCGGAGACUCAUCGUCUGCUACAUUCUUCUGCAGUCGAAACAUUCGAGGACUGAAUCCUGAGGUCGGAGCAAUCUUCUCCCACCAUCCACCAAUCCACCCUUUAUCAGCAAUCAUCAUCCACAACAAUCAUGGCAAGGGCAUACGAACGAAGACACAUAAUGACUUCAGUACCUGCUUUCCAAAUAGAUUCCCGCAUGUCAUCCUAGGGUUCCAUGGCGGAACACAUUCCGGUGCAGAAGCCGGCUCUGCUGCUGUUACAGAUGCCACCCACUGGGCAAAACGGUUGAGCAGAGAACUUGAAGAACGUGGGCUUGCGUUGGACGGGGGAUUUCCGAGCUUCUUCCCGCCGGAACAGAUCGACGUGGAGCAGUUCUUUGGUAUGCAAGCUACGGAAAAUCUCAAACGUUUGAAAAGCAGACUCGAUCCGGAUAAUGUUUUUAGUGGUGGCAUGGUUAAACAUUUAUGA